ACCAGGAGGGAACAUUUCCAUGUUUCGGCACCAGGCCGCUGAUACAUGGGGAUAACUCCCCGAGUUCAGGCCCGGGACUCCGCAGCAGACGUGGCCCUAGAGAAGACGGAGCUGGGGGCCCCACGGUGCUCCCGUCAUAGCAGGAAGACGAGACCUGCCCUGUUCUCCGCGCCAAUGUCCCCCACACCUCGUAUACUGAGCCCCCGAGCUGCGCAGCGCCUGGAGAUUCAGGACUUCCGCUUUCCUAGGCCGCGCUCGCCAGUCUCCAUGGUAACGGACCAUCUCCCCGCCCACUGACGUGCUACGUAAUCCCGUCGUCCAGACGUCACUUCCGUCUUCCUUCUAGAAGCUGGGCGGCGGUCUCUGCGCUUCGCUCUCCGCGAUACGAUGCCGCCGUCCGCUCUGAACCGGUUUCCCCGGAUUCCCCUCCGCUCUGGAGGCGGCGCCCUGUACCAGCCCUGCCCCACGUGGGCAGGGUGGGAGUGCCGGGGGGACGGGCCGGUGAGAAGAGGGAGCCGAGUGUACUGCUGCCAUAGGACCAAGGGAGGCCGCCUGCGGAGAGUGAUGGCGGCGGAGGAGGAGGAGCUGGCGCAUGUGUGGGCGGAGUUAGUGUCUGUGUGCGCGGAGGUUACUUCAGGUGAUUCGGAAGAAAUUUUCUUUCGAGUUCCCGACGAAGAUGGCGACGCUGAGCCCCGUUACAGCAGGUGUCCUCAUCAUCCUGGCUGUACUACUACUCUCAUCAGAAGGACACGAUGUGCAGAGAGGAUCAGACAUCACUAGCUGCAGCAUGAAAUGCCCUGAUGAGAAAGCCGUCCUGAGUCUGUACAAAGUCUGUGGCGGUAAUGAGACUCUUCUCGUGGAGCGGCGGUGUGAUGACAAGUCGAUCAGUAAUGUCACCGAGCCCAGAUUCCACCUGGACACAAGCAGCGGGUGCUGGACCCUGACUGGUGCCGGGGAGGAGGACUCCUGUGUGUACUCGGCUGUGGAUCUCAAUGGAACAUACCAGAUGAAUCUACCCAUCAGUGUCAUAGAUCCGGGACAAGCUUGGAUUCUUAUUAUUAUUUGUGUUGUUUCUGCUGCUGUGAUUGGUUUCCUGAUACUUCUCAUCGUUGUGCGGUGUCGUAAGAAGAUGAAGCUCAGGGGUUUGGAGAAUGAUGGGGGUAAUGAUCAUUCAGAAGAACGUGGACGACUGAGCAGCAGCUCCCCAGAUGCAGAUGAAGAGAAGACUGGGUGGAGGCAUCUCAUGAACGUGAUCGGCAGACUAUGCAGGAACCGCCACUGUGAAGAACCUCCGCAGAUAGAGAUGGAGGAGAAGAAAAGACUGACGACACCCCCAUAAGUCGCACAGAAGCCGGUUUUGGCGGCUUUUUAAAAAAAAUUUUUUUAAUUUAUGAAUGUACCAAAAAAAAGAGCUUAAACCCCCUUAAUGACCAGGCCACUUUUUACACUUCUGCACUGCACUACUUUCACGUUU